UGACCGAUUGGGUCAAGUUUGAGUGCGAAUGAAGCUGAACCAAUCGCGAAGGGCGAAAUAAAGCCACAGCACCACUGGGAGCCAAUCAUUGCCGUACAACGCUAAACAGCAUGGCACAAGAGGCGUGGUUACCCAGAAAAGGGUGUUAUCAUUUUGCCUUUUGCUUUUGGGCAUUGAAACCAAUAGCUAAGAAGUCUGUCAGGUAAUAGCCAAUCACGACACACCUCUGUGUUCAAAGGAAACUACGUCCAUUUCGGCUUUGAACGAUGCGUCAACACCAAUGAGGAAUGAGAGCCAAAAUGGCUUAAGGAGAUCCUCAGUUUCAGUUAGGGGCCGUUUCAUUUUUGUUGAAUGACGGUUCAGCUAACGAAUAAGAGACUGAGUUGUUAUGCUCAGCAUCCAAUCAUGUAACAGCACACAGAGGCUUUGUGUUACAGUACAGUAUGUAGCUGUUGUCCACACUAACAAGACACUAUUUUGGAAGCACUUUGACAAACCGUUUUAUGUCAUUCGGUACGUCCGCAUCCAACGAGACGUUUCAGGCGUUCCAUUAGCUGUAAACCAGCACAGACAGAACCAGCCAGCCUUGAACCACUAACGCUGGACAAACUUAAAACACUAGCAGCUCCUUUUUAUAGCAUUUUCCUAUCUGGCAGCUUCUGGCAACUGUAGAGGCUAACGUUUUUUUCUUCCUUUGGCUGACGCUUCCAAAAUACAACCGAAAUAGCAACAACUUCACGUCGUUAUUUUAACAUUUUGUCAUUUCUGCAAACGUUAGCCAACUUUUUUUCCCCCCACUUCAAAACAAAGCUGCCCUCUUGACACAUUUUACUCGCUAGGGGGAAAAAAAUCUUCAGAUUUUAUCUACAAGCCAAAUUUUCUUCGAAGACCUGUCAAUAUCUAACAGUUUUAUUUAGCUUGCAUCGAGGUUUUUAAGGAUUGUUUAGCUGUGUUAGCCCGCCGCUAGCUAGCUCCCACCGAGCCCUUUAAAUCACCAUCUAGGUGCUCAACAAGGAAGAGAGCAGUUUCGGUAUUUAACUCACUGGUGCUUUAUGCUGCUGGACCUUUAACUUUUAAAUAUACCCAGUGAUCCACAGCGACUGUCUCUCCUCCUUCGCCCAUUAAAAACAAAACAGAGGCUGACAUAACAACCAAAUCACCUGAGCGUUGAAAGGAAGAAUCUGGGGAAGGACCUUCAGCAGGUUGGAUACACUCCUGGAAUCCCUCUUCGGAUUGUUAUAAUAUUAGUGUUAUUGUUGAAAAUGGCGGCGAUCGGAAUGGUGCAGAUGUUGAUUGAAGCAGCUGAGUACCUCGAUCGUAGGGAAAGAGAAGCCGAGCAUGGCUAUGCCUCUAUGCCACCCUUCAUCAGCAGCCGGGAGAGGGAAAGCCUCAAAAGGAAAAACAAGAGCAAGAAAAACAUAAGUAGCAGGUCUACACACAAUGAGAUGGAAAAGAACAGACGGGCACAUCUACGGCUCUGCCUGGAGCGCUUGAAAUCUCUCGUUCCUUUGGGACCAGAUGCCAACAGGCACACCACCCUCAGCCUGCUGAUGAAGGCCAAAGAACAUAUAAAGAGGCUAGAGGAGAGUGACAGGAGAGCUCAGCACACCCUGGAGCAGCUACAGCGGGAGCGGAGACACCUGAGGAGGCGCCUGGAGCAGCUGGGAGUGGAGCGGACCCGCAUGGACAGCACCGGCUCCACCCGCUCCUCGGACAAGUCCGACUCUGACCAGGAGGACCUGGACGUGGACGUGGAGGGGACGGACUACCUGCUGGGUGACCUGGAAUGGAGCACCAGCAGCGUGAGCGACUCAGGGGACGAGCGAGGCAGCCUGCAGAGCAGCUGCAGCGACGAGGGCUACUCCAGCGCCAGCCUGCAGCGCCUGCAGGACACUCAGGAGACGGCCAAGCAGCUGGCCUGCGGCCUAUAAACAGCCCGGACCGCCGAGCCGACACCCACCCGCCCCACCUCCACCCAAAAUCUAGAUCUCACCACUUCUUCCUGCACAGACCCCGCCCCCCUCCCACUCGCCCCACCCACCCAUCCUCUUCUCCUCUGCAGCUGACUUCCACUAUGACUGCAGCAGCUCAAAGACGCCCAGGCACACUCAGCUUUUCUUCUUCUUCUUCUUCUACUUCAUCAUCAGCGGUCAGUCUUAAGGGCGUCGCCCGUUCCGCUCCUCUCCGCUCUGUGCCAAUCAAACGAGUGGGAUUUGAAAGACACUCCGCCCCCUUUUCGUCUCUCCGUCCUCUAGAGAAACAACUUUCAGCCAGAGAAUGUUACCACACAAAGUCCCACUGCCUCUUUUUCUACGCCUCAAGAGCCAUGGGAAGCACUUCCAAGAGAUUAUUCUCUUGUAUGACACACACACACACACACACACACUUCCAUCUCUCCCAGUUGUGAGACCUCUCCUCGGUGACGUGGGGCCCGUUUUUCUGCCCCUCUCACCACUGAAACAUCAGUGCAUGGUACCUUGCACUUGAAAUUGCUUUUGUAAACAAAAACUGUCAUCUUUUUCAAUCGCCGUCUCUUGUAAAGCCCCGCCCCCUCCCGGAUGAAGUGAAUGUUUGUGAAACUGGUCAGUCGGCAGACUCUGUGGACACUAAACCAGACCGACCGCACGUCGAGUUUAAACUAUCUGAGCCGGCAACAAUUCAUCCUGUGGUGACCGAAGCUUUAGCCGGCAGGCUCCUUUUGUGACUUUUCUCUUUUUUUUCUUUUUGUAACGUCCCCCUCUGCCAUUGGUUGUGAAGAUGUUUGCGGGUUUCCGAUGGGUUCUGCCUCUUCUCUGACGACGGUGGCGUUUUUACAGCGUUCCCCUUUUUCUCUCCCCGCCCCCGUAAAUGGGCGACGGCCAUUAACCUUUUUUUUUUUUUUUUUUUUGCCAGGUGCUAGUACAUCGUUGUACACCAAUCUGUCACUGCCCCAGCUGUUAACAGGAAGGGAAAAGCCCAUCUACCUAAAAGCAGUCGAGAGACUUGAACACAUUCCACGACAUAAAGAGGAGAAGCUGGUGAGACUGAGAUUAUAAUUUCUUUGUGUGUUUUGAAAGUGGGCAGUCACAUUAAUUACAUGAAGGUUGAGUUUGGGUCAGGAUAGGGUGGGUUUGUUUCUUUUUUUUUUUGUAGCGGGAACACUUAGUCAGAGGCCCAAAGUUUUCUGUGUUUUCUCCUCUUAAAAAGCACUAAAAUGUUUAAAACCACAGAAAAAAAAAAUCCUUUGCUUUGCCAUCAUAGCUAUUUAUUAUUUCUGGACAAAUGUACACCUUUUAAUGUAAAUAGUUCUCAGAAAGAGUUCUAUGUCUAUCACCAAAUGUAUUUAUUAGAUAUCCUAAAUAUAUAGAUGAGUCUAUAAAAAAUAUAUAUAUAUAAAUAUAUACUUGGUCAUAGCUUCUGUUCAUUUUUGUGAGUUUUAUGGAGAGUUUCCUACAACGUAGUUGGUUUGCACAGCAAAGUCAAUCCUUAGAAUGCUUAGAAAAGUCUCUUGUGCCUCGAGGCGUUUUUGUUGUCUGUUGAAUUUGGCGCAGUUUUAUCAUGGUUCGUUUCUUUGUUUUCUUGUGUUUAAAAGCCGUCCUGUCCGGUUAACGGCGUGGGGGACAGUGGAACAACAACAACAACAAAAAAUACUCAGUAUAACUUUGGAAAAAUAUGAAUUAAAAGGUUUUAAAGCAAUGGAGAUGCACCAAUCAGGGUUCUCCUGGCCGAUCCUGGUUUACUGUGAGGUUUGACCUUCUGAUUUUGCUAAAUUUUUAUCUUCUGUUUUUUUCUACAGAUUGUAACACAAAGAAAAACAAAUUAAUUGAAGUAUUAGAGUUGGGUUAAACACAAGUUGAGGUAAUUAAAGAUUUUCCCCAUCUGUCCCUAAAUGGAUGCUGGUCAUUAUGUCCAUUUGGCAUUUUACCUUUGAAGAUUUGGUUGUGUUAUACUUUUAAAAAAAAAAAAUGUUUUUAUUCCUCUUAGAAACAAAAUGGCGCCCUCCGACAUUGGACUUUUUGUACCUAACGAGCGUCAGUUUGUAAUCCCCUCAAAGCCAUUUUGAACGUUUUGUACCUGCAUUCAAUAAAUAUAUCGCAUGGCUCCUUU